CGGCAACACGUUUUAAUGGUUUGGAAGUUUAUCGUAGUUACUUAUGGAUAGAAGUUAACGACAUACAUACAAGCGCAGUCUGAUAUGCCACUGGGUGCAUAUUCCGGAAAUGUCAGCGGUGACUUUUACAACGGUCGCAACCGCCAAAUGGACACAACGGUCGGGAACCACAGCAAAGGCGUCGGUACCAGUGGUGGCAGGCCCGUGAAGAAACUGGGAGUUGUGGCCAAAGCGGUUGCCGCUACCAUGUCCACUGACAGAGUGCAAGGGGUGUCCCGCACGCAGAAAGACGUGAAAAACGAUCGUGUUAUGUAUGCGAGAAAUCAGCAAUACAAAUACAGUAAGGAACCAGUUACGGGUGGGCAACCAAUAACAGUUGAACAAGCAAAAGCAUUACGAUUGACUGUAUUUGGAGCAUGUGACACACCACCUAGAGGCGAAUGGUUGCGUACUGGGUUUGUGUUUAGAGAUCCUGAGAAAGAGCUAUCGUACGGCUUACGAGCACGCAGAAAUGGUACCAGAGGAAUGCAGACUGCAAUACAAGGAUAUAUACUCAAAAAUUUACUAUUUACAAACACCAAUAACUCAUGUAUAAUGAGACCAUCUAAACAGCAGCAACUAGAUGCUCUUUGUAAAUCAAUUACCGAAAUCCUGUGGAAGAUUGGAGAAAAUGAAAAGGUUGUAGUAUGUUUACCGCAAGAAAAGAGUUAUGUACCACACUCGUUAAACUAUUUCCAAGAUAAUGUCACCGAAAAACUCCACUUAUUCGAGUUAACCAAUAUUCAAGACUUAGAAAUUUUCCUCAAAAGAUAUUUGCAUUUGUUUCAAGAUGAUCCGGGACCUGGAUCACUAUUGUUGCUUUAUAGUUCAGUACUAACAAGAGGACUAUCCAAGAUCGUAUCAGAUUUAAUGGAUGAAAAAGUGUAUCUUAUAUCAAGUGCUGAAGAAGGGUCAAUAUGCAUCGUAACGCUGAUGCUUACUGGUAGAGCUACUCCUAAUUUACAUAAUGGUAUUGUGAAUAUUGGUGACGAACAACAUUAUGCUAUACCACAUUACGGAAUAUUGGCCAGAAGUGAAGUGGGUCUAUUGGUUCACUACGAAGAAACAUCUACACCAGUACAAGUCACACAGAUACCAGGUUCUCGAUUAAAAACGCCGUCCUAUCCGAUUUGGAUAACUUGCGCUAAAGGUCAUUACGGCAUACUCUUCAACACUAAUAGGGAACUGUUGAGAAAUCAUUUAGCUGAACGAAGAUUUCCAUUGACUCACUAUUCUUGUAGCGGUAGCGAGAACCACGCGACGGUAGAUACGCGAUCGCACCCGAACGAACAAACACGGAUGAUGAAGACCACGGACGACAUUAACAACACCACGUCACUUCUACUAUUGGUCGAAUGUCUUAUACAUACUAAGUGGGAAGGAGCUUCGGUGCAGUGGACGGGCGUUACAAAUGCAGUAAAUUAAUACAGCAUAUUAAACAGUAGAAGUAUACAGUUGUUUAUUGUCCAAAAACAAUUAUUAAAAAUUGGUUGUUGUCCGAGGUUACUAAAAUACCAAAAAUUUAACAGAAA